ACCCGGCUGCCGACACUCCCGAGCCCUCCUCCGAUCUGUCACCGCAUUUUACUUAAUUCUCCAAACACUCCCUUAAUUCCCUAUAAUGGCUUUUGUUCCUUCACUAUCUCAUAAACAAAAAAAUUAAUUUUUCUUCAACUCCAAAUCUCCAAUUCAACAACUGCAAUGUUGCAUACGAAAUCGGAGUCAGAUGUAACAAGCUUAGCAGCGUCGUCACCUUCCGGCCAUGUUUACUAUGUACAGAGCCCUUCCCGGGACUCUCAUGACGACGGAGACGGCGAGAAGUCGACGUCGAUGCAGCCAACUCCCACCUUCACCAGCCCCGUGGAGUCCCCCUCCCACCCUUCCCUCGGCCGCCAUUCCCGGACUUCCUCCGGGACCCGCUUCUCCGGGAUAUUCAGGUCGUCGUCCGGGAGGAAAGGGAGAGGGAAGAGGAUGAUGAGUAACGACAAGGGGUGGCCGGAAUGCAAUGUGAUUAUGGAAGAAGGGAAGUACGAUGAGUUGGAGGAUAGUUGGCUGCUUUCUCGGAGGUUUCAUGCGUUGUUGGCUCUCUGUGGAUUUCUUCUUCUGUUCACCGUUUUUUGCCUCAUCAUUUGGGGUGCCGCCCGGCCUUACAAAGCUCAGGUUACUCUCAAGAGCUUAUCAGUGAGUAACAUAUAUAUUGGUGAGGGCUCUGACUUCACGGGUGUACCCACAAGGUUGUUGUCGGUGAAUGGGUCACUGAGGAUAAGCGUGUACAACCCUGCAACAUUCUACGGCAUCCAUGUCAGCUCUACGCCCAUCAAUCUCGUCUUCUCCGACAUCACUGUUGCCACUGGCCAGUUGAAGAAGUAUUAUCAGUCAAGGAAGAGUCGGCGAACGGUGUUGGUGAACAUACAAGGAACUAAAGUCCCCUUGUACGGGGCAGGAUCAAGUUUGCCAGCGACAAAAAACAAGGACGGCACAGGAGGUGUUCAAGUUCCGUUGGCGCUGGAUUUUGAAGUGAAGUCUCAGGGAGACGUGGUGGGAAAAUUAGUGAGGACGGAUUACCGGAGGAAGAUCUGGUGUGAGUUGAUCAUUGACUCCGCCGGCAAUAAGCCAAUCAAGUUCAAGAAAGAUUCAUGUGCUUACAGCUAGUUGUUCUCCAUUAAUUGAUGAUGCUUUUUUUUUUUUUUUUCCACUGGAAAUGAUAUGAUGUUUUAAUUUGUGGGACAUUUUGAUAUUCAGAUUUUCAUAGAAGUUGUUUGUUAUAGAGGAUGUUUAAUUUUUGAGGUAUCAUUUCUUUUA